CACGCCACGCCGCGCUUCCUCUCAACUUCUCUUGUGUGACGUCGACCUCGUCCGGAUGCUAUAAUAACUGCCCCUCACCAAACAUCCCAGCCAGCUCUCACUCACUCACUCACAAGUCACACAGCCACACUUGAACCGCUGCCCGCAGCGGAGGGAGCUUGCACGGGCCAACGCACACAUAACACAAGCUCGUCGUCGAUGGCGCGGUGGGCUGCGGUGCUGGCGCUGGCCGCGGCCACGGCCAUCGCCGUGGCGUCCGUGGCGGGCGGCGACAUGAGCGCGGACAAGACGGAGUGCGCGGACCAGCUGGUGGGCCUGGCGCCGUGCCUGCAGUACGUGCAGGGGCAGGCCCGCGCGCCGCCGCCCGACUGCUGCGGCGGCCUGCGCCAGGUGCUGGGGAAGAGCCCCAAGUGCCUGUGCGUGCUCGUCAAGGACAAGGACGACCCCAACCUGGGCAUCAAGAUCAACGCCACCCUCGCGCUCGCGCUCCCCAACGCCUGCGGCGCCACCCGCGCCAACGUCUCCCACUGCGCUCGUACGUCCUCGCUUUCUUCUUCCUUCAGCCGGCCAGCCAGUGCUAGCGAAGCCACAAGGCCGCCGCCCGGGCCCGGCGUUGCUUUUCUUACUGCUUCAUUCUUUUCUCCCCAAGCCAAAUCAUGUCUGUGUCAUUUUAUUUUAUUUUAUUUUAUUUUUGCUGCAGAGCUCCUGCAUAUUCCCCCGGGCUCCAAAGACGCCGCCGUCUUCAGCCCCGGCGGCGACAAGGGCUCCACUGCCGCUCCAGCCAAGGACAACUCGACGGCGACGACCGACUCCCGCGCGCUGCAGGCGACCACCGGACGCGGCGUCUCCUCCUCGGCGGCGACCGCCGGUGCUGCACUCGCGGUGCUGCUCGCCGGCUACCUCCUCCUGCUCGUGCCAGAGCUGUCGCCUAGCUCGUUCUAGACCCUCUGUCAAGUUGUGCCACCAGUAGGAUUUGAUGUGUUGUUGUUCUUUCUAGUACGUGACGUGACAGACAAUUUGCUGCUGGUGUCCUUGUUGUUGUAGUAGUUGCACUGUGUGUUCCUGUUAUGCUAUGGGUACGAGAUGUUAGGGCAUGGGUUAAGCUAAGCUAAGGCGAUGGGGUAUCAGCAGUACCUUACCUCUCAUCUGGCUGCUGAUCCUUUUUGUUCUUGGCACUGCUGUUUUAUCUGAACAUUUGAUCAGCCAAGAGAACUUCCACUCGUGACACGGUUAAUGG